GUUGCACUUGAAUUGAAUGAGAAACAGUUUGGACAUGAUGAGCAGAGAGAGAACAUUGUUGGUGGUACUUUUACUUAUUCUAAUCCACCAUAUUUGUGCUACCAAGGACCACCAAGAACACCUUUGUCCCCCUUCUUCCUGCGGCUACAUCACCAACAUCACUUAUCCAUUUCGAUUACAAGGCCACCCAGAGAAUUGUGGUGACGAAAGGUACGAGCUUGGUUGUCAGAAUAAUGUUACUGUGUUGUAUCUGAACUCUGCACAAUUCCAUGUUCAGGCAAUCAACUACGACAACUACACCGUGAGAGUGGUUGACCCUGCUCUUCAACACCACAACUGCUCCUCCCUUCCUCUUCGUUCCCUCUCUCGCUCCAAUUUCUCUGAUACUUACACUGACUCCGCGGAUCUAUACAUAGCCAGUCUAUAUCUGUAUCUAAAUGGGGAAUCUCUGAGUUUCGAGCAUAUAGUGUUUCUGAACUGUAACCAUUCGGUGAGAGAGAACGGGAAGUAUGUGGAGAGUGGUGAGUGCGUGAAGUGGGACUCAAAAGGCUAUGCAUAUGCAGUUGGUGGAGACCUAAAAGCUGAGGACUUAGAAGUUGGGUGUGACGUGAAGCUUGUUGCUCCCACAUCGUUCGGGACUUUCAAUAAGCAUUCAUACGCUGCCAUUCACAGGGCUCUCGCCUAUGGAUUUGAGAUCUCUUGGAUAAACCUCGCCUGUCAGAAUCAUUGUCCUAAAGAUUUUUGCGAUUUCAACUCUUCUAGCCAGACGCUUGUUUGCGAUCCAUUUGGUGCGUCGUAUAUUAUUAACUUCGUCUACUUUUCUGUAACUACACAUGUAAAAUUUCUUGCAGGCAUGCUUACUGGUAUGGCCGCUUACAAAAUUUUGUUUGGAUUGCCAUUCUUAAUUGUGAUUUUCAUAUGUAAAUGGAGGAAAAGACAUUCAUCAAUGUAUGAAAAUAUUGAAAAUUACCUUGAACAAAAUCACUUAACACCUAUCAGAUACUCAUACAAGGAAAUUAAGAAGAUGACGGGAAGUUUCAAAGAGAAGUUAGGUGAAGGAGGAUUUGGCUCUGUGUUUAAGGCAAAGUUACGGAGCGGACCUUCUGUGGCAAUCAAAAUGUUAGGUAAAGCCAAAGGAAAUGGACAAGAUUUUAUCAAUGAAGUUGCAACUAUCGGAAGAAUACAUCAUCAAAAUGUGGUACAAUUAAUUGGAUUUUGUGUUAGUGGCUCAAAGCGCGCUCUUGUUUAUGAAUUCAUGCCCAAUGGAUCUCUUGAUAAAUUUAUAUUUUCAGGAAAUGAAAAUACAGAUUUUAGCUAUGAAAAAAUAUAUAAGAUAUCGAUUGGAGUAGCUCGUGGAAUUGCUUAUCUCCAUCAUGGAUGUGAGAUGCAGAUUUUGCAUUUUGAUAUCAAACCCCAUAAUAUCUUAUUGGAUGAAAACUUCAUCCCAAAGGUUUCUGACUUUGGAUUAGCAAAGUUAUAUCCAAUAGAUAAUAGCUUAGUCACAAUGACACAAGCAAGAGGAACCAUUGGAUAUAUGGCUCCAGAAUUGUUUUACAAUAAUAUUGGAGGAAUAUCCAACAAAGCUGAUGUUUAUAGUUUCGGAAUGUUGUUGAUGGAGAUGGCUAGUAAGAGGAAAAAUCUAAAUCCCAAUGCAGAACACUCAAGUCAACUUUACUUUCCCCUUUGGAUAUAUGAUCAUAUUAGAGAAGAGGAAGAUAUAGAUAUAAAGGAUUUGAGCGAAGAGGAAAAGCUAAUAGUAAAGAAAAUGAUCAUAAUUGCACUUUGGUGUAUACAGUUAAAACCAAAGGAUCGUCCCUCAAUGAACAGAGUUGUAAAAAUGCUUGAAGAAGACAUUGAAGAUUUGGAAAUACCUCCAAAACCUACUUUAUAUCCUAAUGAAAUGAUUUUAGAGGAUCAAACAACCAGUUCUAUCUAAACAAUUUUGAAAGAAUUCAUCUAGUAGUGAUUGAAUAAAGGAAAUUGCAGGUUGCGGGA